UGGCGGCGGAGCGCGCUGCGCACCGCAACGUGCUGCUGCUGGACGCCGGGGACCAGUACCAGGGCACGGUGUGGUUCUCUCGCUUCAAGGGCCGGGAGGCGGCCCACUUCAUGAACCUCCUGCGCUACGAUGCCAUGGCUUUGGGGAACCAUGAGUUUGAUGAAGGUGUGAGUGGAUUGUUGGAUCCUCUGCUUAAAAAUGCUAAUUUUACUAUCCUGAGUGCAAAUAUUAAAGGGAAAACUCCAUUAGCAAAUGAAAUGAUGAAAUAUGUUCAUCCUUUUAAAAUAGUACAUUUUGACUCAGAAUCCAUAGGAAUUGUUGGCUAUACUACAAAGGAAACUUCUUUUCUUUCAAAGCCAGGGAAUGAUUUAGUCUUUGAAGAUGAAGUUGAAGCAUUGCAACUGCAAGUGAAUAAACUUACUGCUAUGGGAGUUAACAAAAUAAUUGCCCUAGGACACUCUGGUUUUACUGUGGACAAAAACAUUGCUCAGAAAGUGAAAGGAGUGGAUAUUGUUAUUGGAGGACAUACAAACACGUUUCUCUUUACAGGCACCCCACCCUCUACUGAACAGCCAGCUGGCCCCUAUCCAUUCAUGGUUCAGUCAGAUGACGGGAGGAAGGUGCCGGUUGUACAAGCUUAUGCUUAUGGAAAAUAUCUGGGUUACUUAAAUGUUGUAUUUGACAAGAAAGGAAAUGUAAUUGAAGCAGUGGGAAACCCUAUUUUGCUGGACAGCAGUGUUCCUGAAGAUGGGCACAUUAAAGAAGAAGUGAAAAAAUGGAGGGAAAACCUCGGAAAUUAUUCUAAAGAGAUUGGAAAAACUAGUGUUUACCUGAAUGGUACAAGCCAAGCAUGCCGUUUCCAAGAAUGCAACAUGGGCAACUUGCUUUGUGAUGCUGCGCUUUAUGAGAAUGUCAAACAUCCUGAUGAAAAGAAAUGGAAUCACGUUUCGAUGUGCAUCCUGAAUGCAGGUGGAAUACGCUCACCCAUCGAUGAACAGAGCACUAAUGGUAGCAUUACUAUGGAAGAUUUGCUGUCUGUUUUGCCAUUCGGAGGUCGUUUUGAUCUGGUAAAGUUAAAAGGUUCUACCCUUAAAGAAGCUUUCGAGCAUAGCGUGCGCAGAUAUGGGAGAGGAACUGGAGAGUUGCUACAGGUUGGAGGCAUCCACGUGGUCUAUGAUCUCUCCAAAGUGCCCGGAAGCAGAGUUGUUAGCAUAGAAGUGCUCUGUACAACAUGUAGAGUUCCAACCUAUGUACCACUCCAAAUGGAUAAAAUAUACAACGUGACUCUUCCAUCCUAUUUGUUAUUUGGUGGAGAUAACUAUCAUAUGCUGAAAGACAAAAAUCUGGGAUACAGUAAAGGUGAACCUGAUAUUGAGGUUGUUUCCCGUUAUCUUAACAGAAUGAGAAGAGUUUAUCCAGCACUUGAAGGUCGAAUAAAAUUUUCUGCUGGAAGUCUUAUCCAAGGAAGUCUUACCCUGAUUGCUGUACUGUUCACUGUAACAUUCUUGCACAUUUAAUUUUUGCUUGUGAUGUUUGUUUGCUUUUGGAGGAAGGCAGGAAGAGAGUGCUGAAGAAGAGAACUUCUUUUUUCUUAUACAUUACAAUAAACAAGUGCUUCAGUUUCUGCAUAUAAUCAGUAAUAGCCCAAGCAAUUGUCCCUAGUCAGGUAAAGCUGUUGAAGCACACUAUGCAAAACGAGGGGGCGAAUUCAUGACUUUUCAUAGUUUGUUUGCACCUAUUUAAAACUUAUAUAACCGCUAAUUCAGAAGCAGCAAAGUUUUGGUGAAUACUAAUUCUCCAUCCAGAACUCCAUCACUGACCAAAGUGGCAUCUUAAUUUGUUUAAACUGCAAGAGUAAUCCGACAGUGAGUUGAUUACAAAUCUGAAUCCAGUAAACGAAAACAACCUUCUAAGAAUAGGUGUGUGUAUCUCCCCUCUGACCUCCACCCACUUCUUAUGCUUUCAAGCUAAUAAUUAUACUUUGCUUCAAGUCUUACCUACAGCAAUGCCUGGAAGAGACAAGACUCAGUGUUAUUAAAAUUAUGAGGUCCAUUUAUGUGCAAUUAAAAAAAGUUUGUCCAUAUUAUUUUAAGAUGCAGCAGCUCACUUACUUACGUUCUACAUUGACAAAGGAUACAAUGAAAGCUUGACAGAGAUUAUAAUGAAAGCUUGAUUUGGUUUUGAUUAAUUUUGAUUUGGCACAAAUCAAGCAUGUGUAACUUCUCUGCUUAAUAUCACCAGUUAAGGGGCCAUGUCUUGAGGGAGCACACAGUAUCUAAGAUGAUAUUUAUGUGAGACAGUUCUGAAAAUUACUCUUGCAACAACUGCCAUGAGAUUUCUAGCUUAAUGCCAACAAUAAAGAUGCUCGUUUUUACUCCUUAUUCCAAAGCCCAAGACUCCUGAACAUUACCCAGUAUCAGCAAUAUUCAGAGAGAACAUCACCCACACACACUGAUUCCUGCAACACUGUGGCCUUUGGAAGUCACUCAGUAAUGGAACUUUUUAUAGCAUAAUAGCCUUUAUCAUCAUUAUAACUCAAAAGCCUGUUUCUCUACAGAAAGGCUGUUGUGCAAUGCACAGUAUUAAGAGGCAAAUUAACAAGUGUAAAACCAGAAACAGAAUGUACAUUUUCUGACACUUUAUCAGGAAGGGGUAGACCUAUACAUGAGUGUACAUGAUAUUUUUAUAAGACCAUUCAGAAUCUUGAAAUUCAUAUAUUGUUUACUGCAGUACUAAACUGAUUGAGCUUUUUUUGAAUAAACCUAUUUCAAUUUUCUGGAAGGCAAACUACACUUCUUUGGAGCCCAGCUACUCAGUUCUUGAAUUCACUUACACCUUCAUGUAAUCU